AGCAUUUUCCCGCCUCUCUCUCUUCUCUUCUUCCUCCUCUCAUUUCUUCGACGCUCUUCUCUCAUCUCACUACCGUCUCUCCUUCGCGUCAAUCAAAAUCAGAUACCCUACUAGUUGAAUUCUCCAUUUCUGCUCGUUCCAAAGCUCUGGUUCAAGCGACUCCACUUCGAGCUUAUACCUGCAUAUCUUUCCCAAAAACCAGUCAGGGCUUCAAGUUUCUCCACCUCAUCGCGCUGCCUGCUUCCAUGUACAUCAAGGAGAUAUGCCUGGAAGGGUUCAAGUCCUAUGCCACGAGGACGGUUGUCCCCGGCUUCGAUCCCUUCUUCAACGCAAUCACAGGGCUCAACGGCUCUGGCAAAUCGAACAUCCUCGACUCAAUUUGCUUCGUGUUAGGCAUCACCAAUCUCCAGCAAGUUCGCGCGGCCAACUUGCAGGAGCUCGUCUAUAAGCAAGGCCAAGCUGGGAUUACCAAGGCCACGGUGUCAAUUGUGUUUGAUAAUUCCGACAGGAGCAGGAGCCCACUUGGUUAUGAGGAUCAUUCCGAGAUUACUGUGACGAGGCAGAUAGUUGUUGGUGGAAGGAAUAAGUAUCUGAUCAAUGGGAAACUCGCCCAACCCAGUCAGGUUCAGAACCUGUUCCAUUCUGUGCAGCUUAACGUCAACAACCCGCACUUUCUCAUCAUGCAAGGGCGCAUUACGAAGGUGCUAAAUAUGAAGCCCCCUGAGAUAUUGUCUAUGCUCGAAGAGGCUGCUGGAACGAGAAUGUACGAGACCAAGAAGGAGGCAGCGCUGAAGACACUUGAAAAGAAGCAGAGUAAGGUCUAUGAGAUCAAUAAACUCCUCGACCAGGAAAUAGUGCCUGCUCUGGAAAAGUUAAGAAAGGAACGGAUGCAGUACAUGCAAUGGUCCAACGGGAACGCCGAGUUAGAUCGACUAAAGAGGUUCUGCAUUGCGUAUGAUUUUGUCCAAGCGGAGAAGAUAAGGGACAGUGCUGUUUCUGGGGUCGAAGGAGUAAAGGCCACAAUUUCCGAGCUAGAUUUGAACAUGGCAAGAAUGCGAGCAGAGUCGCAAGAAAUGGAGAAAAAAGUAAAUGACCUAGUGGCUCAGAAGGAGGCCAGUAUGGAUGGGGAGGUGAAGACACUGUCCAAUAAGGUGGAUGCACUCUCUCAAGAUCUUGUCAGAGAAGCAUCUGUUCUAAAUAACAAGGAGGACACUCUGCGAGGUGAAAGAGACAAUGAACGAAAGAUUCUUACUAAUAUUGAAGACCUAAAGCAAUCUAUCAAAGAAAGUGCUGCUGCUAUCAAGAAGGCUGAAGAGGGGCAAGUUGAUGUGAAGAAGAGAUUUGAGGAGCUUUCUAAGAGUUUGGAUGAGAAGGAAAAAGAUUACCAGGGAAUACUCGCUGGAAAGAGCAGCGGGAAUGAGGAAAAGUGCCUUGAAGAUCAAUUGGCUGAUGCUAAAAUUGCAGUAGGCAAUGCUGAAACAGAACUGAAGCAACUGAAGACAAAGAUAACUCAUUGUGAAAAGGAGUUGAAAGAGAAAAAGCAACAAUUAAGGUCAAAGGCUGAAGAAGCGGUUGCAGUAGAAAAUGAACUUCAGGUUAGAAAGAAAGAUGUUGACAAUGUUCAACAGGCACUGGAAUCUCUUCCUUACAAAGAGGGUGAGAUGGAGGCUCUUCAGAAGGAUCGUGCAUCGGAGUUGGAGCUGGUGCAGAAGCUCAAAGAGGAAAUAAGAAUCCUUUCAGCUCAGUUAUCUAAUGUUCAGUUUACCUAUCGUGAUCCUGUUAAGAAUUUUGAUCGGUCAAAGGUGAAAGGUGUAGUUGCAAGACUUAUCAAAGUGAAGGAUAGCCAGACAAUGAUUGCCUUAGAGGUUGCAGCAGGUGGAAAGCUGUUUAAUGUAGUUGUGGAUACAGAAAACACAGGAAAACAACUUCUUCAGAAUGGGCAACUUCAAAGAAGAGUGACUAUUAUUCCAUUGAAUAAAAUUCAGGCGAAUACUGUGCCUCCUAGAGUUCAACAUGCAGCUGCAAAAGUGGUUGGCAAGGAGAAUGCAGAAGUGGCAAUUUCUUUAGUUGGGUAUGAUGAGGAAUUGAAGAGCGCCAUGGAAUAUGUAUUUGGAUCAACAUUUGUUUGCAAGAGUAUUGAUGCUGCCAAGGAGGUUGCAUUUAGUAGUGAAAUACGCACUCCAAGUGUAACCCUUCAAGGUGAUAUAUUCCAGCCUAGUGGACUUCUUACUGGUGGGAGUCGCAAGGGUGGAGGUGAUCUGUUAAGACAACUUCAUAAUUUGGCUGAAGCUGAAGCUAAUCUUGCUGAGCAUCAGAAAAGGUUAUCUGCAAUUGAAGCAAAGAUCUCUGAGCUUCAGCCUCUUCAGAAAAAGUUCCUGGAUCUUAAAUCACAAUUGGAGCUAAAAACCUAUGAUCUCUCAUUAUUUCAGAACCGGGCUGAGCAGAAUGAGCAUCAUAAGCUUGUUGAAUUAGUGAAGAAGAUUGAGCAGGAGCUUCAAGAAGCUCAAUGUGCGGUAAAAGAAAAGCAACUUCUCUAUGACAACUGUGUGGCGACGGUGCAAUCACUUGAGAAAUCAAUCAAAGAGCAUUCUACUAAUCGGGAGGGCAGACUGAAGGAUUUGGAGAAAAAUAUUGGUGCAAUAAAAGUUCAGAUGCAAGCAGCAUCGAAGGAUCUCAAGGGGCAUGAAAAUGAAAGAGAGAGGCUGAUAAUGGAGAUGGAAGCUAUAGAACAGGAAAGUUUGUCAUUGGAAAGUCAAUUAGCAUCUUUAAGAAGUCAAAUUGAAGCUCUUGUGUCAGAUGUAGAGGGACAAAAAUCUAAGGUCGCUUCCAUAAAAAAGAAUCACGAACAGGCUCAAUCUGCACUUGACCAGAUCCGUAUGAAGAUGAAGGAAUGUGAUUCCCAGAUCAGUAACAUCGUCAAGGAGCAAGAACAACUUCAAGCCACAAUAAGUGAAACAAAUCUAGAGAAGAAGAGGUUGGAGAAUGAGGUAAAACGGAUGGAAACAGACCAAAAAGAUUGCUCUCUGAAAGUUGAGAAAAUGAUUGAGAAGUAUGCAUGGAUUGCAUCUGAAAAACAACUGUUUGGAAAAAGUGGAACGGAUUAUGAUUUUUCUUCUCGUGAACCGCACAAAGCAAGGGAAGAACUUGAAAAAUUGCAAGCAGAACUGUCUGGGCUGGAGAAGAGGGUCAAUAAGAAAGUUAUGGCGAUGUUUGAGAAAGCUGAAGAUGAAUACAAUGGCUUAAGGUCCAAGAAAGAUAUUAUUGAGAAAGACAAGGCCAAGAUUAAGAAGGUGAUUGAAGAACUUGACGAGAAGAAAAAGGAGACACUAAAAGUGACUUGGGUUAAAGUUAACAACGACUUUGGUUCAAUCUUUUCUACACUCUUACCCGGAACAUCAGCAAAAUUAGAACCUCCCGAAGGAGGCAGCUUCUUAGAUGGACUUGAGGUUCGAGUUGCAUUUGGCAGCGUGUGGAAACAGUCCCUAUCAGAACUGAGUGGAGGCCAGCGAUCUCUACUCGCCCUUUCCCUAAUUCUGGCGCUCCUUCUCUUCAAACCAGCUCCUCUUUAUAUACUAGAUGAGGUUGAUGCAGCACUUGAUUUGAGCCACACUCAAAACAUAGGAAGAAUGAUUAAGAGUCACUUUCCUCACUCCCAGUUUAUCGUGGUUUCCUUGAAGGAAGGCAUGUUCAAUAACGCCAAUGUUCUCUUCCGAACCAAGUUUGUGGAUGGUGUAUCCACUGUCCAGAGGACCGUCGCAUCAAAGGCAAACAAGUGAUGGAUUAGUAUCUCUGAAAGUCAACGAGUCAUUAUAUUUACAAAAUCUUUGCGAUGUUCUUUUUGCUAAUGUACGCUGGAGACAUGUCGAGUCAAUGCUUCAUUGACGAGGAUGCUCCGAAUCUUUUGAGCAUGAACAUCAGAUUGUACAGGUAAUAGAUAUUGAGCUUGUGAUUAUUGAUGCUUAUGAGGUUAGAUCUAUGUAUGUUACAUCAGAUUCUUGUAUCGAUUAUGUUCCUUGUUAUGUCAUGUUGACUCCAGUGAUCAUAAUAUUUCCUUCGAUCCUA